CAUUGGGCGAGCGCCGCCGCCAGCGGUACUUCAAAGCGGGCGCUGCCCGCACUUAGGCAGAGUUUGGCCCCGCCGCGCCGGAGUGUCCUUAGUGCCGCCGGGCAGCGCGGGGCGCACACCGAGCGCCGUCCCCUCCGCCCCACCGCCCAGCCCACGGACGUGCUAUGGCUACGUCUAUCCUCGGGAUUUUCGCCAGCCCGGCGUUGCGCGUGGCGACGGUCAGAAGGCUCCGCACACCGCUCGCCUUGCUGCCAUCUCGUUUUUCCGUCUCUCCUGUACGAUUGCUCGAGGAGACGCCGCAUUUCGUUCCCACGGGAUUUUUGGUUUAACGGAAGAGCCGAGAUUUGGAACGACUCCCCUGGCCAUGCUGGCCGCCACCUGCAACAAGAUCGGCAACACCAGUCCCCUGACCACCCUGCCCGAGUCCAGCGCCUUCGCCAAAGGGGGCUUCCACCCCUGGAAACGCUCCACCUCCAGCUGCAACCUCGGCUCCAGCCUCUCGGGCUUCACGGUGGCCACGAGCAGGGGCUCCAAUGGACUGGCCAGCAGCACGGGCACCGCCAACAGCGCCUUCUGCCUGGCUUCCACCUCGCCCACUUCCUCGGCCUUCAGCAGCGACUACGGCGGCCUCUUCUCCAACUCAGCAGCGGCGGCGGGCGUGUCCCCGCAGGAGCCCGGCGGGCAGUCGGCCUUCAUCUCCAAAGUGCACAGCUCGGCGGCCGAGAGCCUCUACCCGCGGGUGGGCAUGGCGCACCCCUACGAGUCCUGGUACAAGUCGGGCUUCCACUCCACGCUCUCGGCGGGCGAAGUGGCCAACGGGGCGGCCUCCUCCUGGUGGGAUGUGCACACCAACCCAGGCUCCUGGCUGGAGGUGCAGAACCCGGCGGGGGGGCUGCAGAGCUCGCUGCACUCGGGCGCCCCCCAGGCCUCGCUGCACUCCCAACUGGGCACCUACAACCCCGACUUCAGCUCCCUCACCCACUCCGCCUUCAGCUCCACCGGCCUGGGCUCCACGGCCGCCUCGCACCUGCUCUCCACCAGCCAGCACUUGCUCACCCAGGAGGGCUUCAAGCCCGUGCUGCCCUCCUACACGGACUCCAGCGCGGCGGUGGCGGCAGCCAGCGCCAUGAUCUCGGGCGCCGCCGCCGCCGCCGCCGGGGGCGGCUCGGCCCGCUCCGCCCGCCGCUACUCGGGCCGCGCCACCUGCGACUGCCCCAACUGCCAGGAGGCCGAGCGGCUCGGGCCGGCGGGGGCCAGCCUGCGGCGCAAGGGGCUGCACAGCUGCCACAUCCCCGGCUGCGGAAAGGUGUACGGCAAGACCUCGCACCUGAAGGCGCACCUGCGCUGGCACACGGGCGAGCGGCCCUUCGUCUGCAACUGGCUCUUCUGCGGGAAGCGAUUCACCCGCUCCGACGAGCUGCAGCGGCACCUGCGGACUCACACGGGCGAGAAGCGCUUUGCCUGCCCCGUCUGCAACAAGCGCUUCAUGCGCAGCGACCACCUGAGCAAACACAUUAAAACGCACAACGGGGGCGGCGGGGGCAAAAAGGGCAGCGACAGCGACACGGACGCCAGCAACCUGGAGACGCCGCGCUCCGAGUCCCCCGACCUCAUCCUGCACGAGGGGGUGGGCGCCGCCGCCCGCGGACCGGGCAAGGAACCUACCGCGGGGCCCGGCGACUCCUAGGGCAGAGCCGCCGGAGCCGCCCGGACUGAGCCCCGCGCCGGCCGGAGGGACACGAGCCGCCCCGCCGCCGACAGCGCCCCGGGCCGCAGCGGGCAGGGCCGGGCCGGGCCGGCGGACGGCGGUGCCGGAGAGACGCGGCCCCCGUCCCGCCCGGCCAGUAGGUACCGAGUGACACUUUCUUCCGCUUCCCUUUUCUCUUUCUAUUGGAAGGCAAGCAUCCUAAGAGAGGCUUAAGGUGAGAAAUCCAGCUGCAACUCCGAGACGAUCCCUCUGUAUCUCAUAAACAUCUGUAUAAAUAGGGUUCAAAAAAGAAGAAAAAAAAAAAAGAAAACCAGAUCGUGUUCCCUUAUUUUUCUUGUAAAUGUUGAUCUGAUAAGGGGUUUGGGGGAUUUUUUUUUUUAAUUGGUGAAUUCCUGAAAUUCAGGGAGGUUUUGGGGUUUUGAUUAUUUUUUUUUUAUUUUAAAUUUCUGAUGCACUUUGUGGAAGUCAGUAUAUAUGUAAAAGAUAUUUAAAAUGUUGAGUUAACACUUCACUCAAACACACGUAAGUUAAGGUCUCUUAAAGAAAUUAAAUGCGUUUAUCUGUAUGGAAAAAAUCUUGACAUAUUUUCAUUUUGGUAUUAUUAAAGGACUCUGAACAAUA